AUGGAAAGCAAUGGCAGCCACGCCAAGGACAAGAGGCCCGACAGCGACGCCAGGUCUAAGGACGACACCCCUACGACCUCAACCACCACCACCCCCCCUGACAAUACCAAUAAGAGCCCCAAGAAGAGGCGCAAGGAGAGACCAUGCACGAGAUGUAUCAAGCGAAAUAUUGGCCAUCUAUGCCAUGAUGAGCCCCGGGAUCCGGAUUCAAAGAAGCUCAAAGGCACACCCGGUGCGGCUGGACACGAAGAGUCGGAGAUCCAGCCCGAGCUACCGCAGAAUUCAAUAGAUCAGAGCGCCGCUGCCAUGGCACCACCGUCAUUCGACGGAACUGGAGCAGCUCAAAGACCUAAGCAAGGUUUUGGUGCAGCUGCACUAGGUCAGGCAAACCCCCUACAGCUUGUGUCACCGAAUCCGGUCUCCAGCAUGCAGGCCAAUGGCUCUGGCAGCAAUAUGAACCAAUUCGGUGGGUUCUCUGAUGCCUGGCUAUCCGCCCAAAAUCAAUUCCACGAUAUGCAUCACUACCAUCCUCAAUAUAUGCUUGCCCCAGAAGUCUCCCACGAAUUUAAUCUGCUCAAUGAUUUUCUGAACACUAGUCUCCUCGAUGACGCGGGGAACCUGCCAGAAGACCAGAAUCUGCUCUUCAGGAAUAACCAAUCGCAACCUAAUCCGUCCGAAAUGGCAAGCUUCGUGGCUGGCAGCAAUAGCAACAUUCUAUCUACGAAUUCGAUGCAGGCAGGUUCCAUGCCUCCGCCAAGCACGGAGCAGGCCGGCCCCAGUGCCAUCUCAGCAGAUAAGACGCGUGAAUUCUAUCUCCAAGCGGCGGAUCCAUCAGGCAACGACACGCCAGAGGCGCGCAUGCAUAGUGUGAUGAAGGCCAAAUAUAAUGCGGGCCUUCUGAAGCCGUUCAAUUACAUCAAAGGCUACGCUCGGUUGUCGUCGUACAUGGAUAGCCAUAUUGCUCCCGCAUCGAAGCAGAAGAUCCUACGACAACUGGACCGCUUUCGACCCAAGUUCCGAGAGAAGGUGCAGGGACUUACAGACAUCGAGCUUGUCUACGUAGAGAUGUGGUUCGAGAAGACCCUACUAGAAUAUGACCGAGUCUUCGCAGCUAUGGCGGUCCCAGCUUGCUGCUGGAGACGCACCGGGGAGAUCUUUAGGGGCAACAAGGAGAUGGCUGAACUUAUUCACGUUCCAGUGGAUAAGCUACGAGAUGGUAAAAUUUCGCUGCACGAAAUACUGACAGAAGAGUCGCUCGUACGGUAUUGGGAAGAAUUUGGCACUAUCGCGUUUGACGCGGCGCACGACACGCUUCUAACGGCGUGUGCUUUGAAGACCCCAGAUGACCGAUCGAACGAUCCGAUCAUUAACUGCUGUUUUUCAUUUAUGAUACGUAGGGACGAUCACAAGAUACCCAGCCUCAUCGUUGGCAAUUUCCUUCCGCAUGACCCUUCGCAUUCUUAG